UUCUUGACUGACCGGCGGAGUGCGGCAUUGGAGGAGGUAGAGUUUCCUGCGUGGAUGGCUUACGCGGAAAAGUUGGAUAUCGGCUUCAGCUGCGUUUUGUACCAUGCGGCAACUUGCAACAGCAGCACCGAGAUCCUGCAUAAGGGUUGCUGGAGUAGCCAGGAGGACUGUAAUCCGUCGGAAUGCGCCGCCGCUGGCCCGUCGACCAAACAAACAACAGGUCCCCCGAUUUAUUUCUGUUGCUGUGAACGACCGAUGUGUAACCGCGACUUUCAUCAAAUACCUCAAAUUACGGCAGCUAGCUCACCGCAGGCUGUAAAUAAACGUUCCGCCUCCGUCGUCAUCUUCGAUGACUCACUGUCGAUUGUAAAGUACAGCCUCAUUCCGAUAUUUAUGAUCGCCCUGCUAAUUCUCUUCAUUUUCUUCCUCUAUCGCCGUUGUCGGCUAAAUCGAGAAAUGAAGCCGAAUUCAUCAUUUUCUUCUGUCUCUCACAAACUGCCGCCGUCCCCGAAAUCGCCACCUCGACUUAUUCAGUUGAUUAAGGUGACGUCACGUGGUAGAUUCGGGGAUGUUUGGAAGGCUGUGAUGAAUGACCAGGCUGUGGCGGUGAAGAUCUUUCCGGCUCAUGACGUUGACAGCUGGGUGCAGGAACAGGAAAUAUACGCUGUUCCUGGUUUAAAAAAUCAUGCGAACAUCCUGCGAUUCGUUACGGCAGAAGUUCGAGGUACUGCCGCUCAGCCGGAGUACUGGCUUGUGACCGUGUUUCAUGAAAAUGGCUCUUUAUACGACUAUUUAAAGAGUCACGUUAUCAACAUGCACCAGCUCUUGCACAUCAGUGUCACCAUGCUGAGGGGUCUGUCGUUCCUGCAUGAAGAGAUCAUCGAGGGCGACAGAGUCUACAAACCGACCAUAGUUCACCGUGAUUUCAAAAGUCGUAACGUAUUGCUGAAGACCGAUCUCAGUGCAUGUAUUGCCGACUUCGGUUUGGCGCUCAAGUGCGAAGACGGCCGAACUCCAAACGAUACUCAUGGACAGGUCGGCACUCGUCGCUAUAUGGCUCCGGAGGUGCUCGAGGGAGCGACUGAGUUUAGCGCUUUCGCUUUCAAGCAGAUCGACGUGUACGCUGCAGCAUUGGUGCUAUGGGAGUUGAUGCAUCGAUGCAACUUCGGAAAUGGGCCGGUAAAAGAUUUCAAGCUGCCGUUCGAGGACGAGAUCGGAAUUCGCCCAUCAUUACAGGAUAUGCAGGAACUGGUUGUUGCCCAGAAGAAACGUCCUGCGAUUGAGGACUGUUGGAAAGAAAGUCCCCAGGGAAGCGCAAUUUGCGGUACAAUGGAAGAGAUGUGGGACAGUGAACCGGAAGCUCGAAUUACAACAGGGUGUGCUCUAGAAAGAUUCUUGGCAUUGUGGAACACUUUGCCAAUAAUGCCGGACGGCCUUUGCACAGAGAAGACCCCUCUGAUAAAGGACCUGUCCGCAUCGUCGUUGGCGAUGGUCUGA